UUUCCACACAAAUUCUAGGGUUUCGAAACACAUCUUUCCUUGAUUAAUUCCAGUUUGUUCGUGAUAUUCUUCAAAUUCCUCAACAAACUAUAGAUUUCAAUCGAUUAAUUCCAGUUUGUUCGUGAUAUUCUUCAACAAACUACAGAUUUCAAAGAUGAAAAAUGCUAAAGGAAACCCUAACAAUGGCGGAAACAAUCAGAAAUCCAGUUUCUUAGCACCAGUUAAUAAGAACAACAGGAUGAUGAAGAAGAACAGGAGCAGAUUGGGAGGCGGAGGCCUCUCGCUUCAAGCUUUUGCUAAUGCGAAAUCGAAGAACGACGGUUACAAUCCGGCUUUAAUCAAGAAGCAAAGGGAAUUCUACAAAAACGCAAAAUAUGUUAACAAGUAUAAGAAGUCACAAAAGCAUCCGAACCAAGGACAAAGUUCUUCCCAAGCUACAAAACUCAUAGAGAGUACAAGCGAAAACAGGGAAGCUGGUGAGAGGCACUCAAAGAAGCCGAAAAAAGCAUAUCGUCUAGAAGAGAUCUAUAAACAGAAGCAGGAGGAAGAAGAAAAGGCGAGAAGAGAGAAAGAGGCAAUAAUUAAAGCUAAAAAGGAAGAAAAAGAAAAAGGCGAAGCUCGUCGUAAAGCUCAGAAGAAAAACAUGCUUAAAAGAACAAGAUCGGGUCAGCCCGUUAUGAAGUACAGGAUUGAACAUCUGUUACAGACCAUUCAAGGCUCAAAAAAUUCACAGUAAUCGGUUUCUUGACCCUAGAUCUGUAAUGAGCUUAUAAUAUUAGUCAAGGACUGAAUCCAAUUGUUUUGAUCAACAGUUGGUAAUGCCGAUUUUGACCCGAACCUUUUUUUAUUUUUCUUUAUUAAUUUUAUAUGUUGGUGCA